AUUUGAACAAAACGAAAGCGACCAUGCCUGAACUCCAUAACAUGCUCAAGUCUUAUGAAGCCUCAACCUCUAAAGGAAAGACUGUUCUUAUGGUAAGCUCUAAUGCUAAGUCUCGUUCUAAGAACAAGAAUAAGCAAAAGAAGAAAAGUAAGGUUGGACCUACUCCUACAGCUCUGAAGCUUAAAGGUAGAGGUCAUAUGAAGACAAAGGUUGCAAAGGAUGUUUGCCUCUACUGCAAAGAGAAGGGGCACUGGAAGAGAGAUUGUGAGCUGUAUAAGGCUAAUCUAGCCAAAGCACCGGGUGCUUCAAGCUCAGAAGUCUGAGAAGCA